AUUUUAGUAACCUUCCAAGAUUUUUGUCAAGUACUAGUUCAGUUAAUUUUUAAUAAAUUUUUGUUUAACGAUUCUUCUUGCUCACCAAAAAUAAAUAAAAAAGGCUAUGCUGACGAACGAAAAUAUUCAUUUAACCAUUCCCUCUAAUAAAUAACAACUUUUAAAAUGGAUAGCAAUAACCAAAACAGCAAAGAAUCUAUGAAAAAACAUAAUUGGCAGUUAAAUAAUUUAGAAAAUAAUCCCUGUUUCCAGGAACAAAAUUUAUCUCUUAAAUGUAUUGAUGACAACAAUUACGAUCUUGACAAAUGUCAACUAUUUUUUGAGAAUUAUAAAAAUUGCAAGAAGUUUUGGAAUGAAGUUAGAAGAAAUCGUAGAUUUAAUGGUUUAACUCCUGCCCUUCCUCCAUACGCUGAGAGAAUAAAAAUUAAAGAAAAGUUCUUGAAAACAGGAGAGCUUUAGUACUGCAAAGGAGUUUAAUUAAAAAGAAAUCGUUAAACAAUAUAUUCUUACAAAAAAUAUUUUAAAUUGAUCAACAAACAUGAUAUUUUAACAAUAGCUUAAGAAAUUGCUGACAAUACCAGUACAUAUAUGUAUAAUGGUAAAUAGAAAAAAAAUAUAGUGUUCAUGUACAUUAAAUGAAUUGUUUAAAAAAAUCACAUACUUCUCUUAAUAGUUACUAUUGUACUAUAAAAUAAAAUGUUGGAGAAAAAUUGUCCUUUGAAAAGUAGAAUACUUAUGC